CUCUUUUUGUCCCACACAAAACUCGCUCACUUUGCAAACAGUCGAGCUAAAAGCACAGUGAAGCGUCUGAGGAAGGCAAGGGAGAAGGAAGGAGAAACAACGACGCCGACAGGCAUCCAAGCGUCAUGUUUAAUCAGCCGUACGUCUGAUACUCUACCUCGCUCCGCCCUCGCCUCCCAGCCAUCUGAUCGUCUCUUUUUGCGUGCAGGUACACAAGCGAGGCUGUUCCCGUCCAGAGCGCACCGGAAGUGAACCCCAUCAAGCCAGACCAGAAGAACGUCGAGGCCAAGGUUGGGUGCCAGGACUGGCCGUUUGCGCUGCUAUUCGUGCUAAAUGUGGGAGUUAUCAUCGCAUUGAUGGUCCUCUGGGGCGUUGAUACGGUCACGGAUCCGGAAAACAACUCAAGCGAGCUGAUGUCGGGCGACGACACGAAGGUUGUGGUGGGUAUCGCUGUGGGCAUGGCCGGCGUGUCGAUGGUGCUGGCAUUGCUGAUGGUGAAGCUCAUUGUCGCCUACGCGCGGGUCAUGAUCCUGUUCGUACUGUGGUUCAACGUCGGCAUCUCGUUCGCCUUUGCGGCCUUUGGAUUCAUCAUUGGCAACAUUUUCAUCGGCAUUAUUGGCCUCCUUAUUGCCAUGCUGAACCUCUGCUACGCGCGUGCGGUGCAGCAUCGCAUCCCGUUCGCAGUCGCCAACUUGCGUGUGGCUGAGGGGGCUAUUUCCAAGCAUGGAUCGACGUAUAUCGUGUCUCUUGUUUUUACUAUCGUGCAGAUUGGCUGGGUCGUGAUUUGGGCCAUGGCACUGCUGGGCGUUGCGAACGAAAUUGCUGAGAACAACCCGAGCUCUACAAGCAACAACACCAAUACGUCCACCAGAUCUACCUACAAGCAAUCGGGAGGAUCGUACGUCGCGUACUUCUUUCUACUACUGUCGUUCUAUUGGGGACUGCAGGUUUUCAAGAAUGUUGCUCACACGACUGUCGCGGGUACUGUCGCCACGUUCUGGUACCAAUCCGAGUCCAUGGGCGCCACGGGUGCGUCGCUGAAGCGCGCCACGACCACGUCGUUCGGAUCUAUCUGCUUUGGAUCGCUGAUUGUUGCUUUUCUGCAGGCUCUUCGUGCGUUGGCGGAGAACAGUCGCCAGGAUGGAAGCGCAUUGGCUUGCUUUGCUGAGUGCAUCCUCGGAUGUCUGCAGUCGCUGAUGGAGUACUUCAAUCGCUGGGCGUACGUGUACGUCGGCAUUUAUGGCUACAAGUUCACGCAGGCUGGCAAGGCCGUGUUCGAACUCUUCAAACAGCGCGGCUUCGAUGCUAUCAUCAACGACGAUCUCAUUGGCAACGUGCUUGGCUUCGCAGCUCUGGGUGUUGGACUUAUCUGUGCUGGUGCUGGCGCGUUGAUUGCGGAGACGACCGAUGCUGUCUCUUUCCAGAACAGCACGGCAACACUGGCUAUCCUAGGCCUCGUGGUUGGCAUCGGUGUUGCUGUCACGCCACUCGCCGUCAUCGACAGCUCAGUCGCCACAAUUUUCGUGUGCUUCGCAGAGGACCCCGCCGCUUUCCAACGCUCGCAUCCGGAGCUGUACGCGCCGCUGGUGCAGGAAUGGCACAACCUCUACCCGGAGGUCAUGGUGCAGGCCGGGUACUGGUAUGUUUAAUGUUUGCCAGAGACCAGCAAGUUGCUGAAGCAAGUGAUUUCAUAAAACUUUUUAAUGCACAUUUGCCGUGUCUCAACACUUCGUAGAGUGUUUGUCGGUUUUCGGUCGAAAAAGUAUCUUUGGCACAAAAAUAGAACAUUUGAACCAAAACGACAA